CGUACCUGUAAAUCAAAUAUGGCAGCGCCCACCGGUGAAAUUCACGUGAAGCUUGAAUUCAGUGGUGGAGCAGAGUUAUUAUUUGACAAGAUAAAGCAUCAUGAUGCUGUUUUGAACUGCAGUGACAACAAGUGGACCAUCAAGACAUUGCUGGUUUGGAUCAAAGAUAACCUUCUUAAAGAGAGACCAGAGUUAUUCAUCCAAGGAGACACAGUGAGACCUGGUAUACUGGUCCUUGUAAAUGAUGCUGAUUGGGAAUUAGUGGGUGAGUUGGAGUACGAGAUACAAAAUAACGACAAGAUUAUCUUCAUAUCAACCCUUCAUGGUGGAUGAGCUGCCUUUGACAGUUUCACUAGGG